GCCACGGCAGUGUGGAGUCAUGGAACCAUCUACAUAUGUAUGUACCUCAGCUUUUAGCACACAAACUAGGAUUAUCCGCUGCGUGGAGUCGGGGAUCCAUCGUGAUCUGGCCUGGCCUAGCAUGUGUACCAUGGAGCUGAAUUCAAAAGAAUGCAAAACCAACGACAUAAUCACACCCCCACCGUGACACCCUGUUUCACUAACGCCGACUUUCGCAUUAUGACGACAUGAUCGCCAUAAGGUUCGACCCUUGACUACAGCCCAGCGAUGUAUUCAUGUAUAAAAGCACGCGUUGAAAAGUUCAGGUGCUCUUCAUGAUCAUGGAGUCCCUUCUCAAGGUUCCACUUAUCCUCUCGUCUGCUAUCGCGCUGCACGUAUCGUUCACGACCGGAAACGUCCCUUCGAAUAAAGAGGUUAUUCGUCAAACGUUCAACGAGUGGAUCUUCACUCGGCUCGUUAAAUAUGGGUUUCCGACCAUAAAGGCAUUUUAUUGGGUUUUUUCUUUCGCAGAAAUCGCCAUAAUUAUCUAUCAUUCAACGGACCCCAACUCUGUUUCCACAAUACGUGACACACCUAUCGGUUUCCCUUUCGUUUUCGGUACCGCACUCGCUGUCACGGGUGGUCUCAUUCGCUGGUGGUGUUAUCGCACCCUUGGUCGUUUUUUCACUUUCCAGCUCAGUAUCCGCCAAGGGCAACACAUUGUAACAACCGGGCCAUAUGCAGUCAUACGCCAUCCAGCCUAUACAGCCGGUAUGACGGAGGUCAUUGGCAUAUUGAUCCUGCACGGAUCGACCGAUUCAUGGCUUAGACGCUCAGGGGUUUUGGAUAUCCCUGGACUGAAAGUGAUUGUGGUAGUAUGGCUGGCGGAGAUCACUAUUCUUAUGAUAAGCGUGGUGUUCAGGGUCAGCCAAGAGGAUGAAGUCCUGAAAUCAGCUUUCAGAGGCGAGUGGGAGAAGUGGGCGAAGGCAGUCAGGUACCGGCUGAUACCUGGUAUCUACUAAACCCAAGGCGCAUGGACCAUAUCAUCGUUGUGCAACUGGAACCGUCUACAGCUCUCCACAGUUCAAUGGCAGGAUUUUUAUAUACAUAAAAACACAUUCAUUGUCUCUACGGAUGUCAUUUUCUCGACUUGUACUAAAUAUUGUCCUCGGUUCUUCGUAGGGUGCUUCAUAUCACGACAUGUUCUCCGUACGCGCUUCAUUCUACAUGUACAACUAUUCAUUCGUGUAUUAUUUUCCUUCUUGACAGCGUCCUAUUAUUCGGAAUCACUUCCCCUUAGUUCUUCAAUCGAAGACUG